AUGUCCUGGCAAGCAUACACAGACAAUCUCACAGCUACUGGCAAGAUUGAUAAGGCAGCGUUAUACUCGAGGGCAGGAGACUCGUUGUGGGCGCAAUCGGGCGGUUUCCAGCUCGAGGCAAACGAAAUUGCCGAGAUCGCUGGUGCUUUUGAUGACCCUUCUUCAUUACAAACUUCGGGGUUGCACCUCCAGAAACAAAAGUACUUUUUGUUGAGGGCGGACGAACGGUCGAUUUACGGAAAACUCCAGGAAGAAGGUGUGGUGGCCGUCAGAACCAAACAGGCGAUUUUGCUUGCACAUUAUCCUCGUGGUGUGGAGCCUGGGUCGGCCACGACUGUAGUAGAGAAGUUGGCGGACUACUUGAUUAGUGUUAACUAUUAA